AUAAGGCCUGGGCGCGCCCGGCCGUGGCCCCAGAGUCGUUCCCGCCGCCCACCUUCUCCGUCUCCCCCGUGCUCCUCCCCGGGUCCCCCACCAUGACGCUGAGCGAGCCCAUCCUGCCGUCCUUCUCCACCUUUGCCAGCCCGUGCCUCGAGCGCAGCCUCCAGGAGCGCUGGCCACGCACCGAGCCGGAGGCCAGCGGCACGGACGAAGACCUCAACAGCGUACUAGACUUCAUCCUGUCCAUGGGACUGGACGGGCUGGGCGCCGAGUCCGCCUCGGAGCAGCCGCCGCAGCCCCCGCCGCCUUCUUUCUAUUACCCGGAGCCCGGAGCCCCUCCGCCCUACGGCUCCGCCGCGGGUGGCCUGGUGUCGGAGCUGCUGCGGCCGGAGCUGGACGUGCCUCCGGGGCCCGCACUGCAGGGUCGCUUUCUGCUGGCACCCCCGGGACGGCUGGUCAAGGCAGAGCCCCCGGAGGUGGACGGCGGUGGCUACGGCUGCGCCGCGGGCCUGACUCGUGCGCCCCGGUGUCUGAAGCGAGAGGGAGCCCCGGGAGCGGCAGGUGCAUGCAUGCGGGGUCCCGGGGGCCGUCCUCCGCCUCCCCCGGACACACCACCGCUCAGCCCCGACGGCCCCGCGCGCCUGCCGGCACCCGGACCCCGCAACCCGUUCCCGCCGCCCUUCGGUGGCCCAGGCUUCGGAGCCCCGGGGCCCGCGCUGCACUACGGGCCACCUGCACCCGGCACCUUCAGUCUCUUUGACGAUGCUGCUGCUGCAGCAGCAGCGCUGGGGUUGGCGCCGCCCGCUGCCCGAGGUCUUCUCACGCCGCCCUCAUCCCCGCUGGAGCUGCUGGAGGCGAAACCCAAGCGCGGCCGGCGCUCCUGGCCCCGCAAGCGCGCAGCCACGCACACCUGCAGCUACACCAACUGCGGCAAGACCUAUACCAAAAGUUCGCACCUGAAGGCGCACCUGCGCACGCACACAGGUGAGAAGCCUUACCACUGUAACUGGGACGGUUGUGGCUGGAAGUUCGCCCGCUCAGACGAGCUCACCCGCCACUAUCGAAAGCACACAGGCCACCGGCCCUUCCAGUGCCACCUGUGUGACCGUGCCUUCUCCAGAUCCGACCACCUGGCCCUGCACAUGAAGCGACACAUGUAGCUGGUCACUCUCGUUGCCGAUGCCUGGCCGUGGCAGGUCCCAUGCACAGGCUCGGACACCUUGCAAACUGUGACUGUAUUUAUUAGACUCCGAGGACCCGGCUGGGCAGUGUGGCCACACUUGGGGGCAGCCCCU